CAUCCUAUUUGCGUAGAACAUAUUGUGGGGUUGGCGUACGGCUGCAUUGAAGGCGAUUAGACUGGGGGAUGUUGGCAUAGAUUCAACUCCUGUACGAUAUGUUCAACAACUCCGUUCUCGCAAACUUGAGCUCCUUCCUGUCUGCCCCACGGAGUUCGGCCAAGGGCCAAGCAGCAGUUGAGGAGGGGGCUCCGGGCCGAAAGGUACGUCUCAUUUGCCAACCUCUAGCUAGUGACAAACCCCUGACAGCGUUUUCCCAACCAACCAGGACGAGGCUGAACCUUCGUUCUAGCAAGGCAGCCAAAGCCGAAAACGGGCUUGCGCUUCAAAGCCCGAACUGGUGGAAGGCUGGGAAGGUCCAAAAUCCUGAUCGUAAAGCCUUGGCACAGUGCUGCAGCUCGAUGUGGAAGCUGAAGGAAAAAUUAAGAAAAUUAUGAUGUAAGUGCUAAGAUCGAAAACGCAAAGACGAGAAACAUGUAGAUCUGGGAUUUCGAUGUCCUGGCCCC